CGACUUUUGUUGAUUUUCGUACUAGCCGUUAAUAUGAAGCGAUGUUUUCGACUCUGAUUUCUUUAUACGUAUCAUAGACAAAGUUUUUUUUUUAAAGUAACCGAUUCGGAUGCUCAUACAGACAAAAAUAAUGUACGUGAAAAAAAUGAUCUGUAAAUUUAGAAGUGUUUUAAGGGUAGUCGUAUUGUUUUUAUUGUUCGUGAAUGUAAGUGCAUGUAACUUAGGAUUGGACUUCCUAGCAGAAGAUUUACUAGCAGCCUUGGGUCCAAUAUUGGCCUCUACAUCAAAUAUAUUUGGUGAUAUAUUUAAAACACAUUCCAUAGAAGAAGAAGACGGCCCUAUUACUCCUGAUCUGAUCACCGAGUGUUUGAAAUGUGGUCGCGAGCUGGCCCGCAGUUCGAAAGAGCGCGGGAAUAAGCUCGUGAAGAAUGGUAUCAACCUGGAGGCGUAUUCACCAUCGCUGCUGCAUUUCUUCUCCCCUUCUUACUCAGCUGAUAUAAAUAACGCAGUGGAAGUGUCCCAUGAGAUUCUUAGUUCAACGAAAGUACUUCAGACGAAGUUAUGCGCGUGCAGUGAUGUCACGCCAAACACGUUUAUGGCAUUCUUGGAGAACCAGGUUAUUAAAGUGCAAGAUCCUACCCUCGGCAUGCCCUCAACCAUUAUCUGCGGGAACGCCAAGUACCGCACAACAGAUGGCAUUUGUAACAACGAGCGACACCCUUACUGGGGCAGGAAGGGCGCGUGUUUUACUAGAAUAGCUAACCCUAAAUACGGCGAUGGUAUUUAUUCGAUGCCGCUGGCGAGAAGUGGCCGAGAACUUCCCAACCCUCGUACACUCUCAACUCGUCUCUUCACCGACCGAUGUAUCCCUAGUCGGGUAUUCACUCACGCCAACAUGCAAUGGGGUCAAUUUAUCACUCAUGACAUGGUCUCUAAAGCUAUGGAAGUCACUGACGAAGGCGGUAUACAGUGUUGUCUUGGUGACGGCCAAGGAGUCCUACCACCGGAGUGGCUGAACGACAAAUGCAUACCGAUCAGUGUGCCCGACGACGACACAUUCUACCGGUCUUAUGGCAUUAAGUGCUUGAAUAUGGUGCGCAGUAUCACCGCUCCAAGAGAAGACUGUACAUUAGGACCCGCUGAACAGAUGAACGCAGUGACCAGUUUCCUAGACGGCUCAACGAUUUACGGCUCGGACAAGAAAACCUCAAUGAAGCUUAGAAGCAAGAAAAACGGGAAACUUCGACAAGUCAACAAGAAGGACUCUUGUCGGGGAUUUCUCCCGUCGGUCGACGACAAAUCGGCCUCAUGCGACUUGAGGAACUCCUCGGAGCCGUGCUACGUUUCAGGUGACCUCCGUGUAAACCAAACUCCCACCUUGGCCAUGCUGCACACACUAUUCCUGAGAGAGCACAACAGGAUAGCGGAUAUUUUAAGCGAACUAAACCCGCUGUGGAGCGACGAAAAACUGUAUCAAGAGACGAGAAAGAUCGUUAUAGCCGAAAUACAACAUAUCACUUACCAGGAAUGGCUGCCGGCUAAUUUAGGUGAGAGCUACGUUCGAUAUUACCGCAUAUCUCCGUCGAGCCUUUACAGCAGAGACUACAACGAGGACGUGAAUCCCGGUAUUAUCAAUAGCUUCGGAGCGGCCGCAUUUCGUUUCAUGCACUCUGUCGUACCGGAUACGAUCAUGGCCUGUCCCUCUGGCUAUAAUGCCGCCUAUUUACACAGAUUAAGUGACCACUAUUUUAACCCAAGCAUUCUAGAAACAUCUUCGGAGGCGUUCGACGAUGUCGUCAGAGGCUCAGUGAGUCAUUACUCGGCCGAGGCGGACCCUUUUGUCAGUGGCGAAUUAACUAAUUUAAUGUUUAAAUCGUAUAAUCGAUGGGGUCUGGAUUUGAUUGCUACGGAUAUACAGCGAGGACGGGACCAUGGGCUGGCUUCUUAUAACGAUUACAGGGAAAUCUGUGGCCUUCGAAAGGCGAGGUGUUUCCAAGAUUUAGCUGGAGAAAUCACACAAGACCGUAUCAACGCCCUGGCCCGUCUCUACGAGUGCGUGGACGACAUAGACUUGUUUGUCGGCGGAUCUCUGGAACGCGACGUUCAGGGUUCGAUAUUCGGUCACACUUUUCACUGCAUAGUGGCUGAACAGUUCUACAGAACGAGAAUCGGCGAUAGAUUCUUCUAUGACAACGGAGAAAUGCCUCAUUCUUUUAGCUCAGAUCAACUGAAAGAAAUAAAGAAAACUUCUCUGGCCCGUGUAAUUUGCGACAACACAGACGGAGUCUACUACGUUCAGAAGAAGGCCUUCGAGCUGGAAUCUACGUACAACCCCAAAUAUAGAUGCGACGACUAUGAGGCCAUACCUUACGUGGAUCUGACUGCGUGGAAGAAACCAAUUUUAGAUUUGUUCGAUUGAACUAUGGAGGGUAGAGUUAAAGAGCACCAUCUUGUAUAUGAGACAAGUUGAAAAUAUGUCCAUAUGUAAACAAUAAGUAUUGUUGGAGGACUCAUCGAAAUAGCGCUAGUGUAGCAAGUGGAAAUGAUAUGAAUAUCGCAGUUUUAAAUAAAGUGAAGUCGUCGAACCCGUCGCUUGCGACGAAGAGCCUAACGAGCGAAUUAGCCCAUAGACACACCCCACUGAGUUUCUCGCCGGAUCUUCUCAGUGGGUCGCGUAUCCGAUCCGGUGGUAGAUUCUGCGAAGCACUGCUCUAGCUAGGGCCGAUGUUAGCAUCACUCCGAUUUAAGCCCCGUGAGCUCACCUACACGUUAGGGUGAAGCUGAAACAGCCUCUCAAGGAUAUCAGCAAAGGUAGGAAAAAAAAAGAGUGAAGUGUGGAGUUUAUGGCGCUGUUUUUAAAAUCCUUCCACUUGCUACGGUGGCGCCACCUUAAUUAUCUCCCUUAGAGCGAACACUUUUUAAUACACUGAGAUAGUGCUCUUUAGUUUUACCCUCCGUGGAUUGAAAAUAUUAAUUCGAUCGAUUAGCGCGAAAAUUCUACUAGUUUAUUUGGACUGGUGGUAGGACCUCAUGUGUGACGGCACGGGUAGUUACUACCACCCUGCUCAUUUCUGCCGUGAAGCAGUAAUGCGUUUCGUUUGAAGGGUGGGGAAGCCGUUGAAACUAUACUGAGACCUUAGAACUAAUAUCUCAACGUGGGUGGCGGCAUUUACGUUGUAAAUGUCUAUGAGCUCCAGUGACCACUUAAUACCAGGUGGGCUGUGAGCUCGUCCACCGACCUAGCAAUAAAUAAUAAAAAAAAAACUAUAAGCAUUAGAGCGAAUGAGAGUUUUAAGUAGGCUUUUCAAUCAUUAGUGAGGAGAGAGCAUGGAUGAGAGCUGCGGUCUACCUGGUCAUAAGUCACCGUCACUCGUGUCCAUCAGAGGCCCAGAGGUCCAAACGUUUUUCGGUGAUGAAAAUGUCAUCAUGUCGAAGAGGUCUCUCGAAUACAUUUCCGAGUUUGAUAGAAUGAAGCAGCAUCAUAUUAAUUUAUUUUUUAUUUUUUUCAUUUACUGCAGAUUUUGCAUCAAUAUUACAUUCAUCAAUAUCUCAUAUAGUAUACCAAAAUUAAAUAAAAAUAAGAACUACAAUCUCGGAAUAAAACAAAAGCAACAAUAAUAAUAAAAAAACAAAUCAAAUAAUAACAAUAAUAAAACAAAUACUCAAAAUCAAUAUCAAAACUACCUUAAUUACCAUUACAAUUACCAUUCCUUGUUUCAUAGGAUUUAGAAGUAAAAACAAUUUAGCGUUCCUCAGUAAGGGAAGCGAUGGUGCAAAGAAUGAUGACAAUCACAGGACCCGUAAAGUUGGCAAUGAUUCUUGCAAUGUGAGUCGACUAUUAUCAAAGCCGGCAAUCUGACUUUUGGACAAUUAUUGGUAAAUCAGAAAAACGAAUUAUUGACUUUGUAUUCCAUUGACAGUCACAAAACUCUUCGGAACGACAUCUUAGAUAAAUAACAGGUUAACUAUUAACCUUUAUUUAAUGCAGGUUUUGAACCGUAUUCUUUGAAGGAGACGAUUAUAUUCAAAUCAAUCUGUAUUGACAUAUCAAUAACAUUUUUUUGUCCAAAUGCACAGAUUGCCACCUUUGAUAAUAGACGACUCAUGUGUCUAUUUUAAGUAAUGGAUUAGGCUCUUUUAUUACGUAGUGAGCGAGACCACAGCCAAUACGGUGUUAAAUGGCCGCCAGCGCCCAUAGAUUAACCAAUAGUUUUUAAUUAAAAGUUUUUAAUUAAAAAGGUGUUAAUUAAAAAGUUAUAUCUGAAAUAGAUUUAAGCUAAACUAAUUAUUAAUAUAAUUAAAGAAAACAGAUGAUAUUAUUAAAAUGUAUUUAUUAAUAUAAAGGACUUAUUUAUUUACAUAAAAAAUACAUGUAGGUAAGCACCGAGCUUAGCGCGAUCUUUUUAACGUUUUCGAUAACGUAAAAGUUAACUCGUAUGGAGUUGGAACGUUUGCCUGCGUUUACCGCUAGGGGCGCUGUACCAACUGCAUAGAGAUUUGAGUUAACUUUUACGCUAUCGAGAACGUUAAAAAGCUCCCACUAAGGACACUGAAGUAAUGAUGGUUGUUUCAGUUAACCUUACCGAAUAUUUUAAGUAACAAUAAAUUCACAACCUAACUUGUAGUAUUUGUUUUAUUGCUUAAU